UUUCAUUUCGUAUUAUAUAUUAUAUAUUGGAAUUUGGAACCCUUGCCAUUCUCACUAGGACACAAGACGAUAACAAAUGGCAUCAUCUCAGUCGAGGAAGAGAGUUGACGCCGUCGAUUCUCGCGCUGCUUCCGUUCUCGUUCGCGCCAAAGAUGGCAGUGCUUUUGCUCGUUGCGACGAUUGCAAGAAGAAUGUGCCGGUUGCACUCAUCGACAUGCACAGUUGCAGCCUUGAAGCUAAAAUUAAAAUGAACCUAGACGCUCAAGUUGUGGAACAGGCUGCUGAAGCUAAGAAGCCGGAGAGGAAGAAGCCCAAAUCUAAAGAGCCUAUGGCAAAAAAAGCUAAAGUUGGGAAGGGGAAGAAAGUCAAGGAUCCUAACAUGCCUAAGCGUCCUCCCACAGCUUUCUUUGUCUUCUUGGAUGAUUUUAGAAAAUCUUUCAAAGAAGCUAAUCCUGAUUCUAAGGAUGUUAAAAGGGUUGGUAAAGAGGCUGGUGAAAAGUGGAGGUCUAUGACUGAUGAAGAGAAGAAGCCUUAUCUUGACAAAGUUGCUGAGCUUAAGGAAGAGUACGAGAAGGCUAUGGAAAGCUAUGAAGCUGGUCAAGAUGAAGAAGAUCAAACUGUGUCUGAUAAGGAAACUUCUGAUAAGGAAGCUGCUGCAAAAGAAGUUGCAAUAGAAGUUGAAGAGGAGCUAACUGACGAGGACUAAUGGUUGCAUUAUGGCACUCCUUGAACUUGAUAGCUAUUAUUCUAAGGGCCACAUAAUUACUUAACGACUAGGGUUGUAAAUUUUGGAACAUGUUUUAGUUGGAGUUAAAAACUGUUGAAAUCCAUGCGCAAUAUCUUUUCAUUUUUUGUAAUGCUCUCUUGUGAUGUUCGUGAAUGGUAGUCACAUUGUUUUCUACAAGAGGCUUGUUGGUCUCUUUUAGGAUUGAUUAUUGCUUGCAUAUGUUUGAGCCUUUGAGGCAAUUGGUAAAUAGUCUGAUGGCUACAGCGAUAUUCAUUGGAUUGACA